ACAGCAGAAGACUGCUGACUGAGAGACAUCAACAUGGCACACAGUUUGAUGGUAGCUGCUAUGAUUGUAAUGACUUGUGCAGUUGAAGCAUCUUAUAUGGUGCCUAAUCCGGGCAAACCAGGUGAAUGUCCAGCCAUGUUUUAUACAUUCCUCCCAGCACAAAAGUGUCACUGUGACAGUGACUGCCCUGGAAAAGAAAAAUGUUGCACUUAUUACCAUAACUCUGUCUGUGCUCCUCCGGUUUCAACAAUACCAAGGUGCCCGAUGAUAAGAGGGGUACGGGUGAUAUGUAUUGAACAGUGCUCUGGUAACUGGGACUGCAAACAUCAUGAAAUAUGCUGCUUCAACGGGUGUGGACACGUGUGCAUGUCACCAAACCGAGAGAAGCCAGGAUUUUGUGGAGACAGACGGUUCCCACGCACUUGUCGAGGUCACAGUUGUCAUACUGAUUUUCAAUGCUACGGUGACCUGAAGUGUUGUCCAACAAGAUGUGGCCGUUCCUGUGUAAUGCCUAGUUAUUGGCCAAUAGACUAAUGCGCUACACUCUCGGCCAGGAUGCUGUGAUCCAUCCUGGUUUUGUCCUCAUGUUUACGAUUGUCCAGGAACAUGAGGUCACUUCUGUACAAAUGUCUGACAGGAUAAUAAAUUACUAAGCGUAACAGCCUGAAGAAGAAAUGUAUGUUGAACAAAUGCAUUGACUAAAUAAUAACAUUUAUCUUUUAGUACUGCUUCUUGUCAAAAUGACUCCUGACAUGAUUACAUUUGAAAAAGCAUCUCUUAACUAAAUAAAUAGCAUUGUUUGGUGCCAGUUUAAAGAUUGUUUUUCAUAAACUUUGUCUUUCACCUUUCAGUUUUAAUUUCAUGAACUUCUUUCUUUUUACUUUUUAAUUGUGUUUUUAUUAUUAUUUUUUUGUAAUGACCACCUGUAGAUCUGAAGAUCUUUUGAUGUAAAAUUGUUACUUUUAUUUUAUGUAACUAAUUCAGAGAAAAAGACAAUUAAAACAAGAAAAUCAAUCUCAUUAUUAAUGCUGUUAAUUUAACUUGUCUGCAUGAUCAGUGUGUAUUUUCAUGAUGAAGAAUACAAGACUAUUUCCUGGUGUCAUGGCGACCAUACUAGCUGGUAUCUACAGCAGUUCCUUUCCAACAGGAAGUCUUGAUCUCUCACCACAGAGAAACUCCCUGAACUGGAAAAAUACAGGUGUUUCUAUAGAG